UAGUGUGUGUGGGUAUCAGAUUAGUGGUCAUUGCUUUGUCUCGGACAGCGCAGCACAAACACUAAUGGAUUCUGGACCUCCGCUCUCCCUGUCACUCUUUGUGAGGGUGUUCAUGAUUUCUGCCACAGCAUCAGCGGUCAACCUUGAAGGGGAACUUUUCAUGGAUUUGAUGAAGGGCUACAACAAGAACAUCCGCCCAAUGGAGAACAGUGGGGACAUCACUCAGGUCAACAUCAAAAUGACUCUCACCAACCUCAUCUCUCUGAAUGAAAAGGAGGAGGCCCUGACAACAAGCGUCUGGAUAGAAAUGCAAUGGUGUGACUACAGGCUCAGAUGGGACCAACUGCCCAGGUCAGCGCUGUAUGGUAACAUCACCUCUGAGCUGCGGAUGCCCUCCAAGAGCAUCUGGCUGCCAGACGUCAUACUGGAGAAUAAUGUGGAUGGACAGUUCGAGGUGGCUCUGUACUGCAACGCUCUGGUGUCUCCCGACGGCUGCGUGUACUGGCUGCCUCCCGCCAUCUACCGCAGUGCUUGUGCCAUCACCGUCAACUACUUUCCAUUUGACUGGCAGAAUUGCACCAUGGUCUUUCGCUCCCAGACGUACAGUGCCAACGAGAUCAAACUGGUUCUAAAAGAGGAGGACAACCACACGCUGGAGUGGGUGGACAUUGACCCAGAGGCAUUUACAGAGAAUGGAGAGUGGGCCAUCAAACACAGGCCGGCUAAGACACUGAUCAACACUCAGCACACCAAGGAUGAGCUGGAGUACCAGGAGGUGGUCUUCUUCCUCAUCAUCCAGAGAAAGCCCCUCUUCUACAUCAUUAACAUUAUCGCUCCCUGUGUGCUCUUCUCCUCUCUCUGUCUCCUGGUGUACUACUUACCUGCCAAAGCGGGGGGUCAGAAGUGCACCAUGUCUGUAGCCACUCUUCUGGGCCAGACUGUGUUCCUCUUCCUUAUCGCCAAGAAGGUUCCAGAGACUUCGAAGGCAGUGCCACUCAUUGGAAAGUAUUUGAUGUUUGCGAUGUCAGUGACCACCACAGUGGUGAUGAACUGUGUUGUAGUCCUCAACGUUUCCCUGAGAACCCCAAACACUCACAAAAUGACAGACAGAGUCAGGAAGAUCUUCCUAAACAUCCUGCCUCGGCUGCUGAAGAUGCAGAUGCAACCCUGGACACCAAACAGUGGCAAUAAUGCUUCAGAAACUGGCAACAGUGAAAAUCAUGUCACAGACAGGAACAACGUGUUCCUGGUCCCCUGCCGACGCCGCAGCUCCAUGAACCUCAUCAGCAAGGCAGAGGAAUACGUUUUCAAAACAGCUCGAUCUGAACUCAUGUUUACCAGACUCAAAGAAAGAAACGGACUGAUGAAGUCAGUGUUAGAGAGGAUACAUGAUGGGCUGGAGGAGGGUACAGCUGAGCAGCUCAGUUCCAGCCUGGCAAAGGCCUCUCCACAGCUGAAGCAGUGUGUGGCCUCCUGCAAACACAUAGCAGAGACUACAAGACAACAGAACAACUUCCAAAGUGAGAAUGAAGAGUGGUUCCUGGUCGCCCGGGUGAUCGACAGGGUCUGCUUUAUUGUCAUGGUCUCAGUGUUUUUUAUCGGCACAAUUGGGAUCUUCUUGAUGGGUCACUUUAACCAGCCCCCCUCUGCACCUUUCCCCGGGGAUCCUAAGAAGUAUCUCCCUCUAAUAAACAACCUCACUGAUCUAACUGAGAGUGGGAUGGGAGUAAACUUUCUGGGGUGAACCAGGAGAAAACCAGAAUGACCGUCAGUGAUCCUUCGCUUUAUGACGGGGACACAGAGAUGAUAGAGAAGAUUUGGGGUCUUUCGGACCAUCACGAGUCAAAUACAUGCUUGUUCAGGGUGAAUAAGGAUCCACUGCACACUGGCUGCUAGCAUGAUCGAUGGUGAUGCAAAGUACUGGUCUCAGCUGUCACAUAUUUUUGGGGUUGAGAAUACUUUUGGCAAAAAAAAGCUGUGUAAGGAAAUAAAGAGCUGUUAAUUUGCUCUCCCUGUCACCAGCACAUAGUUUGAUGUAAGUGUAGAUUUUUUCCUGAUGGUGAUAAAAUCUUAGGCCAUCAAGAUAAACUACACGAGAGAAUUGCUCAUGAACAGCAAAAUAAAUGUUUUUGUUUUUUUGAUUAAAGGUAUUUCUGUAAUAAAUGAA